AGGAUCUUCCUCAAUCCUCCUCCAGCCAGCGAAAGGGACAUCACAAUUAGCCUCACCUGUUGAUUUUGACAUUUUUGGAGGGAAAGUUUGGGACAGAGGCAAGGGGGAAAAGUGUGACCCUGUGUUCUGUAAUCCGUCUGGGUGAGUUUGGUGAGUUUUCUUUUUAGGGUCCUACCAUUAUGGGUGAGGAAAGGGCCCUGAAGUAAUAACAGCACUCCUCUUUCCUUACCUCUCCUUCUCUCUGGGAUGGAUUACAGAUCAUUGGCUGAGCUGACACUCCUGCCCUGCUGAAACUGCUGCCUGGGACAUCCAAAAGAAGGACCAGACCUUCAGACAUUAUAGCUAUAUCUCAUCUCAGUAGUGUAUUUUCCUUUUAGGAAUCUCCCUAAAUUGCCACCAUGGCACUAAUGAAGGUCAAGUUUGACCUGAAGAAGCGGGUGAAACUGGCCCAGUUCGUAUGGCUGAUGUACUGGUUCUCAGUGAUGGCAGGCGUGCUGGUCUUCAGCAUGGGGCUGUUCUUUAAGAUCGAGCUGCGUAAGCGCUCAGAGAUGAUGGACAACAACGAGAGCCACUUUGUCCCUAACCUACUAAUCGGCGUGGGGCUGCUGGCCUGUGGGAUCAAUGCCAUGGGAGGCAAGAUCUGCUACGACUCCCUGGACCCCAGCAAGUUCUCCAGGUGGAAGCCUAUGCUCAAACCCUUCCUAGUCUCCUGUGUGGCUUUCAAUUGUCUCCUGGUGCUGACGGCUCUGCUCUGCUUCCUAAUGAGGAUCCCUCUCCAGUUCACGCUGGCCGAGGGCCUGAAGAACGCCCUGAAGUUCUACAAGGACACAGACACACCGGGACGCUGCUACAUGAAGAGAACCCUGGACCAGAUGCAGAUGGAGUUCCGUUGCUGCGGCAACAACAACUUCAGGGACUGGUUCGAGAUCCAGUGGGUCAGCAAUCGCUACCUCGACUUCAGUGCCAAAGAAGUAAAAGAUCGUAUCGGCAGCAACGUGGAUGGGAAGUACCUGAUGGAUGCUGUUCCAUUCAGCUGCUGUAACCCCAGCUCACCUCGGCCCUGCAUCCAGUACCAGGUGACCAACAACACGGCCCACUACUCCUACGACCACCACACCGAGGACCUGAACAUCUGGAAACGGGGCUGCCGCGAUGCUCUGAUUUCCUACUACGGAGGCAUGAUGAACAGCAUAGGAGCCCUGGUGCUGCUGGUCACUAUUCUGGAGGUUAUUGUGAUGAUCGGCCUCCAGUACGUGAAUACCUCCCUGUCUAACCUGGCCAACCCAGAGGACCCAGAGUGUGAGAGCGAAGGCUGGAUCCUGGAAAAGACAGUGAAGGAGACAUUUACUGACAUCAUGGACAAGAUGAAAGCCAUGAGUAAAGGCAAUGCAGUGGACGAGGCCGGAGUGGAUAAUGUCGCCACGGUCAGCUGAACAAGACACGUUGACACAAACUGAGACCACUCCCACCGAAGGAUAGAAAGGCAGAUUGAACACCUCCUUUGCAUUUAUUACACAAAAUACACACAUAAUACACACAUACAUGCCCGACACACACGAUACUGUCCAUCUGAAGGGAAAACUGAAAUGGACACAAAUGGACUCUUGAGUACAUGUCAGCACUUACGAUAUGUUGAAUGUACGAAUGCAUGAAUGUAUGUAUAAGUUACAUUAUAACCAAUUUCCAAUAUGCCCUCCCCCACUCCAAUACACACAGACUAAAGCUCAUACCUUUUCCACACACACACACACACACACACACACACACACACACACACA